AUGGAGGGUGGAGAUAAUAGGGUGAAGAGUGCUUUGGUUGUGUUAUGGAAAGCAAAGGUUCCAUCUAAGGUGCAAAUUUUUGGUUGGCGUUUGGUGCAGGAUAGGCUACCUGCAAAAUUCCAAUUGGUUAAACGAGGUAUUAUUCAUGAAGAUGUAGAAUCUUUAUGUGUGUUUGGUUGCAACCAGGUGGAGGAUGUUAAUCAUUUAUUCAUUGGCUGCUACUGUGCAAGGCGAGUUUGGAGGAAAAUUUUCGGUUGGUUGCGGUUGGAUUAUGUGGAAGAAGCUAUGUGCUGUGACCAUUUUCUACAAAUGGUGACUGUUUUGAAACCUUACUGCGCCAACAAUCGCGUCGGGGAAAUCUGGCUGGCCGUGUGUUGGUGUUUGCAGCGUCAUCGUAAUGAUAUUAUUUUCAAUAAUGUGGUUAUCGAUCCAGAUGAGGCUUAA